AUGGAACAACUGGACGUCACGAGCUUAAAACGUUACUCGCAAGAUACAUUGGACUAUCCGCGUCGACGAGCGACCAUCGCUUGUGAGAUAUGCCGCAGUCGAAAGUCUCGUUGCGAUGGCGCGCGACCCAAGUGCAGGCUCUGCUCGGAGCUUGGCGCAGACUGCAAUUACCGCGAGCCUGGCAUUAAGCUCGAUGCCGGCGACAAACUAAUACUGGCGCAACUGGAGCGCAUCGAGGGUCUACUACAUUCAAACUUGACUUCGCCGAUCAGCGCCGUGGGAGGACCCAUCUCGCCAGCAACGAGCAACACGGCUUCUGACGAUCUCCAGGCGAGACGAGUGAACAGCAACAACACAAACGGUCCUAGCGUGGGCGCGCUACCGCUCAAUGGCUUGGGAACAUGGUCAGCGAACAUCUCGACGAUCCCACCUCAUCAUACUACGCCUGCCCUGCAUCUUCUUCAAUGGCCGGUAAUCAGAGACCUCAUCUCUCGUCAGUGCGACCCUGGUGUACUGGUUCAGCUUGAGAUGUCACGAGAACCGCUCAACCUUACCAGACACUACUCGCUGGACUUCACCAACAUGACAACGUACACACAAGCAUACUUCGACCGGGUCAACGUUUGGUACGCGAUCGUCAACCCGUACGCAUGGACGCAGUACUACCAGAAUGCUGCCUCAAUGAGCUUCCGAUCAGGCGCUGAAAGCUGCGUUGUGCUCCUGGUGCUAGCUCUCGGCGAGGCGGCGCACUCGGGUAUCAGCAUCUCGAGGCUACCGCACGAUGUUACACCGCCGGGCAUGAGCUUUUUCGCCGCCGCGUGGAAGAUCCUCCCUAGUCUAAUGAUCAAAAACGAUGUGUUGAGUGCUCAAUGCCACAUCAUGGCAGCGGCCUACCUAAUGUAUUUGGUACGGCCGCUCGAAGCGUGGAACUUGCUUUGCAACGCGAGUAUGAAGCAGCAGCUCCUGCUCAGCUCUCCGCAUGCCAUUCCUCCGCACCAGAGGGAGCUCAAUGAGCGGGUCUAUUGGAACACCCUCAUGAUCGAAAGCGACCUACUGGCUGAGCUAGACCUUCCGCAGUCCGGUAUCGUGCAGUUUGAGGAGAACAUGCGUCUACCGCGCAGCUUUCCGUACGAUGCACCUUCCCCUGGCGCUGAACUGCCAGGCAGCGACGACUUGUGGUAUUUCCUCGCCGAGAUCGCACUUCGAAGACUCCUGAACAGGGUCUCUCACCUUAUGUAUACACACAAACGUAAUGCCCCGUUCUCAGUCAACGCCUUAGAUCCAGUGGUCGCCGAACUUGAUUUCCAGCUGGACCAAUGGUACGAAAGUCUGCCUUCGCCCGUGAAGUUCCCUAAGGAUCGGCUACCCGUCCGCAAUCAAGUUCAGACCGUCCUCCGUCUUCGCUACUACGCUUGUCGAACCAUCAUUUACCGGCCAUACAUCCAGGCCGUCCUCACCGACGAGUCACUGGCGGCCGAAAUGUCUGUGCAGGAUGCGUGCCGCAAGUGCCUUGAGGCUUGCGUUCGGCAGCUCGAAUACGUCACAGCGCACCACGAAGGGCAUCUGCCUUACUUGUGGCAAGGAGCCCUGAGCCUCAUGAGCCAGACACUUAUUAUCAUGGCAGCAACACUGUCGCCUGCGCUCAAUGUGCUUCUGCCACCGGCAAAUCAAAUGGAUGUUAUCAUUGGUGAAGUCGUUACUGAAGUGGAGAGGGUGGCGCAUUUGGCACCGAGUCUGGGAGUUUGUGCGGAGAUUGUACGGGAGGCGGAGGAGAGAAGGUUGGUGAUGACGAGGAGGCCGAACAGAUGA